GGACACCCCGGAACCGAGGGGACCGCGCGGCCGGGUGCAGCCCCCUCCUGGGCACCCUGGAAGAGGCUCGCCUUCCCGGGCGCCGGCCGCGCUCUCUCUGGAAGGGCGCGCACACAGACUUUAUGUCCAAGUCCCCGGACACUUGUGUCCACUCUGCGGGGUUUCAGACUAUAGGCGGUCAUGGAACCGCAGUCUAUGCGACCGUUUACAGAGUGUCAGAGCGCAGGCAAGGCUCUUGCUGGGGUCCAAGCUUUGGGGGCACUGUGCAGAGAACUGUGAUCAUUUCAGGGAAAAAGCAGCUCGGGGUGUUUGUGUUCGCCCCUCGGAGGACGAGUGUGUUGAGGGGCUGGGGAGGGGUCUCUCCCAGGUGGACCGGUAGGUUCUCUGGACGGACUUUCAGGGAGCAGGGGCCUCCUAGCAGCCAAGGUGCAGUAAUUAAAACCAGUCCCCUAAGUUCUCCGGGACCUGAGCUUGUUUCCUCCCGCUCUUCUGGGUCGUUUUGUUUCUGUUUCAUGUGUCACAUGUCGUCAGCAGCUCUAGUAAACCCUCAGCCAGAGAACAGCAGGCUUUAAAAGAGUUCCAGGAAUUGCACUGAGGAAAAUAAGACAGCAUUGCACCGGGGGUGGGAAGGCAGAUUUUGUGGGAGAUCUGUGGCGAUCAUGGGGGCAGGUGGCUGCAGAACACGUGCUGAUCCAGAUGUCCUGGGCCAGCUUUUCCUAACGGUGGACACCUGACUGUUCAGCAGAGUGUCCGCCAGGAGCAGGACUCUCCUGCCUCCACACCCACCACGGGCACCCCAAACCUCUGCACAUCGGGUCAUCAGGUCAGCACCCUCAUGGCCUCUAGGUUUCUGAUCCAGCUUCAGAAGGCAUUUGGCCAGCGCUGAAGGUCAGGGGUGACUCCCACACCACCUAGGAAGGUGAGGAGACAGCAACCCGGGAGCCCUGUGCAGCUGUAUUCUUUGUCACCCUGCUGGGGCUGGCAGUAUGGGUAGCGCAGGUCCACAGGCCCUGCACACAAGUUGGGCUGGGCCAGACCUGCCUGAUGGCCAAGGUGUGCCCGGAGCCCCAGUGAUCCCAGACUUUCCAAGUCAGGAUGGAAGGCUGGCAGUUCGAGGGCCAGAGAGAGAAGGUGUAAUUACAGGGUUGUACUCCUAGGCCCAUCUGCUUAGAAUUACAGAGCCGUUUUCAUCUUUGGCUGAAACAUGAAACACAUCAGAGCCAAUGGGCAGAUCAAACAACAGCUGCCACCCACACCAGAAACAAGAGGCAGAGAGAGAGACACAGGGGAGCGUGUCCCCUAAAAGUCUCCUGUCGCAUCUGUGCAGGAAGAUGGUCCUAUGGGCAAGUGCCUUUAAAAUGCAAAAGUACUUGACAAUUUGGCAUGAACAGAAUUUUUUUUUCAUAAAGCCAUUUGCCUUUUGGACUACAAAAGCCAUGCUCAGAAACACAGCCUGGGCCAACCCACCCUGAACUUUUCUUCCUUGUUUUGAGAGCUGGAAGUUGUAACCACACUUCCUGCACCACAGUGUGGUAACGGCUGGUAAGGGGAGCCCAAGUAUAUCCUCAGUGAGGUUCAAGUAUAGCCCCAGAUUUCCAAAUUCCAGCUGGAGUCAGCCUGAGCUCCUUGAGGUCAGGGGUUCACCCAGAUCCACAGUGUGCAGGGAGGGAGUAAAGAAGGGGGGAAUAAGCCGGUGGGGCCAGACCCCUUGCACGUGUGCACGUGUGUGUGCACAUGUGCAUAUGACGAAGAGUAUGUAAAAUAAAAAAGGAGGUUUGCCAAGUUUAAUGGGAUGAUGGGGAUAACCCUGCAAAAAGUCACCCCAUCUCAAAGUGAACCUGCAGUGGCAGAGUUAUUCACACUGCUGUUGCCCACAGAGCAACUGCACUCGUUCAGGGCGCGUGGGACUCCAGCACAGAGGAGAAACCGAGGGAGUGGUCCUUCUGGGUAUAAAUCUCUGCGAUUUGAGAGAGGCUUGUCACGAUUCCUUAGGAUAAUGUAAAGCACCAAGAAGAAAUCGGGUAUUCUCCGUUUCCCCCUUUUCUGCCUGAUUUUUACUUGAUUGAAGUCGUUUUAAUGGGAAAUGGGUAUUAAUCAACCUAACCCAUGGGAAUGGCUUGAGAGUGUGUCCUACUCUGUAGUUAGGGGCUUUGCAAGUAUUUAAAAAUUCCGUAGUAACAGAUGGAGCUUGAUUAUGUAUCUUAAUAGAAGUCGUCCGUCUGAAGGACAUUACCUGUACUCUUUUAGAAUGGCUUCAUGAUUUUUUUCCUGAUACAGAGGCAUUUUUAUUUUGCUACUUGUAUAUUUAUGACAGCAAUUAGGUAGGUAAAAACAUAUUUUCUAUGCUUAUGAAUGUACUUGGGACCAACUUUACGAAAUUUAGUUCCAGACAUCAUUUAUAGAUUAUUUGUUACACUAACAAGUCUCAUUAAUAAGAUUAACAAGUGCACAAGGCCUUCAGGAAGAUUCUGGGUGAAGAUGCUGUAGAAACUCUUUAUUGUGUUUGCCAUCCGAUCUUUGUUCAGUUUUUUUGGUUACUUUUAUUUCAACUCAGGCAAGUUAUAAAUCACCCCUAGGUUCUAUUGGUGAGUAAAUUAGGGUCUGGAAAGACUGGAGUCCAUUGUUUAUUUUUUGCUGUGUUUUAAAACUGUAAAUGUAGUGGGAGACCCAAGUUCAAAAUGUGACGGCAUAAAAGUAUACAUGUUGGUCUUACUUUCCUGUCCUCCAGCGUCUGAGAACAAUUGCAUUUCUUAAUCCAAGUAAAACCUAUUGAAUGUCAUGAAGGUAUGCAGCUGGGGUAUGUCCCUUGUCACUGUUUUAUUUGCUUAGAUGAAAAGCCACGAAAAUCAUUCUGUUCCAGAAACCAGAUUAACAUGAGAUAUUUCAGGAAAAGUGGUGCUUUAAUGUGCCCCAAAGUGCUCAUUCUCUUUAUUAAUGGAAACAUUUGACUUUAAGUUUUGGAGCCGUUGUUGGGGAGAUGUUCUUCCAUCGCCAUUUACUUUUGUAGAAUUCAUCAACUUUUCUGAAAUGGGAAGAUACUUCGGAGCUAUCACCUUUCACUUGAGUGUAUUCUACUAAAACUGAACAAACAAACAAACUGUGGAUUACCGAAUGACUGCUUAACCAACAAAAUGUGAGGAAACAUUACAGUAGGGUAAAGUAGAAUCUUUGAAAUAUCAUUUUACUGGAGGCAGUUUUUGUGACCAAGAAAACAUUGCCUUCCUCCACUUUUUCCCCCUUAGUCAUAAAAUGUAAUCUUGAAAAGAAAUAUUACUCAUCUGCUCAUAGCAGGGAGCAAGGGUCUUAGACAGAUGGUAAAUAUUCUCUUUUGAGAGAAACUGACUAUCUUCAAGCACGUGGCUGAGCCGUCCCGUCAUAGCCGUGGUCCUUCUUUUUCUCCCUAAAGGAGUAAAGAACUCAACACCAGCGGAUGAUAGGACUGUGUAAAUACCUACCGUUUAGGGUCAGACUGAUGACAAUUUGAUAGAAUCAAUUAAAGGGAAGCAUAAAACUUUUAGGACUGGAAAUAUGAAGGGACUCAUUAGUGAUCUCGUACACCUGUGGAAAGCUGACAUGGCAGCACGUGGCCUGUGCGCGGCAUUGAAGCGAUCCCAAGGAAAAGCUCAGGAAGAACCUGCCACCGUCCGAGCAUGAGCUCUUGCUGUGUCCAGAUGUUAUGUGCACAGACCAUUGAGUUCUUUUCAAUUUGGGUUCAUAUUGGGAGUAAAGUUAUUUUGAAAUGUCAUGUGAUAGGGAUCUAGGUCAGAGUAAGGAUGUGGUGUCACCCUGUAGUGACUGAGGCUCGUGUGUUCUCGAAGGGUUUUCUAGCUUCAUUCCUUCAGCCAACCAUUUGGUCAACAGGUACAUUAAGAGGGCCUCCUGCGUGCCUGUGUCACUGCCGGCUGGGGACAGGGCUGUGAGGAGGGGCAGCCCCCCUUCCUGAAGAGGCCUGAGAAUACCUGGCAGGAUGAGAAGAGCUUAUUGGAGAGCCCAGAGGUGGGAGCCUGGCACACUGCCCUUGACUGCGGUGUUCUUCCCUGCUGGGAAUCCCAGCACUCCACACACACACGCACACCCCCCACACAUCAUGCACACACCAGACACACAAACACACACAUACCAUGCACGUAGUCAGACACGCCAUACACAGACGCAUACACACACAUACGCGCACACACACACACACACACACACACACACACACACACACACACACACGACUGUGUGAAGAGCACAGCUGUGGCGGCAGCCAUCAGCUCCAGGCCCAGCAGGAAAACCAUGUUGUCUGUGGUUGGACCCCAGUGUCUGGCCCGGUGACCAUGGCCUUAGAAGAAAACGACUUAGAAAAUUACCUCAUUUUCAUCAAAAGUUAAAUGAAGCCAGGAAUCUGAAAUCUUGACUUUACUAUGUUUCUCAUAAAGGGAAAGUGCUUUUAGAUAAGGUUUAAAGAUUGGCAAAAGCAGCUCUCUCAGCUUUGAUCUCCAACAACAUGGAAAUAAAAGCAAGCGCUUGGUGAGUGUAGGUGCCCACCUGGGAGUGAACGGCAGCUUUUGUUCCAAAACAUGGAAGCUGUGCAGGCGGUCACGUAGCCGCCUCGACUUCACAGCCCACAUUACAGUGAUGAUGGCUCUCUUACCGGGGCUGGGCGAUUUCACGGCAAAGUCAUCACCUGCAUUUCCCCUCAUCGCUCCCGUUUUCUCUGCUGCGUGUUUUUCUGCAUCGCACCAGUUCCACCGUGAGAUGCUUCCUCACUCUGGUGUGGGAUUGACGCAGGUCACGUUGUAUCAAGGACAGAAACGUGCAAAGUGAGCGGGAAAGGGCCUUUCAGAGACCCUCUCAGAGACCACCAUUGUGAAUGUCUUGACAUUAUAUUUAUUUGGCCGUUUUGAUUUUAUUUUUUUAAGCAUUAAAGUACCUAUGCAGUGACUAACCCGAUCAAAGAUGAGUUCAUUCCCAAGUGUGCCUGAAAAGUGUCUCCUUCCGAACUCAGUUCACAUGUUAUUGUGCGUAAAGUGCUUUGGUGCUUUGGGUUCUCGAUCUAGAUAGACAGGUGAAAAGCUGCUGAGUACAUCAAGAGGAUUCUCCCAGGGACUUGGCCACACGCCGUGUUCCUCCCUCACUUUUCCCUUCACGUGUCAGCGAUGGGGCAGGCCUUGGAGACGACCUCACACGCAGUAGGCCCUCAGCCACCUGCUGAAGGGACAACUCAGGGUCUCUGCUCCAUCCCCUGCCCCAUGCCCUUUGUCUUCUGCCUGGUCCCUGUUGGUGGCCUGGUUCGAGGGCUCAGGAAUAAGCGUUGCUGCAGGCGACGGAGAAAUACUGCAUUUAUUCCCUUUGAAGCCUGUGCUCAGGGCUGCUUUCUGUGUGCAGAGUCUGGUGACUUGGGUGAUGCCAACAGUCACCUGGCCUCACGGGCCUUGAACUUAGGGUACAGAUGCCCAUGUAAAUGGUUAAUCCUGUGCUUCCUCUAUUUGGGGAAAUCUGGUUUUUUAUUUGCUAUCUCUGGGUGUUUUCACUCUCUGAACAGUAGACUGGCAAUCAUGGUAGUAGUAAAGAUCAUUCUGGAGUCAUUUAGGAUUUCUGUUGUGAGUGAUUUCAUCCGUGGAAGUGAAAAACUCUUACACACACACACACCCGCGCAUGUGAUACACCCUCCAGAACCCAAGGAGCUCAUGUAGUUCUGCAAAGGGUCAUCUAUAAAAUUGUCCCCUAAAGCCUUCGGGAAUUAAUUUGUUUUCAACAGGAGAACAAUUUCCUUCCAGGGUCUACAUUUUUCUCCCACCCGUACUUGAAAGAAGCUGCCCCCUUGUCAUAACCAUUUGAUCUGGGCCCAGGCCAUGGGACCCCGGAUGUUGGAGACCAUUUUGUAGUGAAGUCACUUUGAUAACCUGCUUCAUCAGAACGCCACUGGUCGGGGCGGUGCUGUGGUGGCUCCCACCGGCGCUGGUAUCGGGGCCUGGCUGUUCGUAGAACCCUUGACGUGGAAGGCUGGUUCUCCACCCGCUCCCUUCUGUUCCCGUGUAGUAACUGGAAUUUGAUAAAUGAGAUAAUAUAGGCGUGAAGUGAGCCUCGAGUGUUUUACAAACAUUAGUUAUUAUCCCCAUUACUGUAAUGUUCACUUUGUACAGGGGAACGAAAGGCACCUAUCCGAUGACUUAGCCAAAGUCACCUUGAAGCCUGAAAACUCAGUCCCUUUCUUACUGCACUGAUGUUGUUUAACCCUUCGAGAUGCCCUUUUCCUUGGAUUCAUUUACAGCAAAAAUCUUAAUGAAUGGAGCCCAAUGAACUAGUCUUUGCAACUGACCAAAAUAUCUAGAAUCCUCAGUUCGUCAAAGUCUUGAUGUUAUUGUGUGUGCCUCCUCACUCGUAUGAGAAACACAAGGGGAAAAACCCUCUCUUGGACUAAAUAGGGUUGUCACCUGUCCACCCCACUAGCUCUGUAUCCAAAGCAACAUCCCACAGGCACUGAUGUUCCUAACGGUUACCUCACUGUGAUCUGCCUUAAGAGCCUGAAAGAUCAUAAUGUCAACUGCACUCGACGUUGAAUAGCAGAAUUAUCGACAAACAAAUAUUGUGGUUAGUCAGUACUUCUGAUUAUACAGAUAAUCCAAUCAAGUGAAGGUUUUUAAAGGUAUUAUAUAUAAUAAGCACAUUUAUUAUUAUAACUAAUAAGUACACUCAGGCAGGAACUGUUAUUACAGCUAGUCACCACCCUUAAGUUGGAUGUUUAUUUAUACAAUUGAAGAUGUAUGAAAGUGGACAUACAAGUAUUUUGCAAAAGUCUUUUUCCGGAUAUAGUGCUAAAUUAGUACAGACCCUUACUUUCCUCUCUCUGUCUUUCCCUCCCUCCCUUCCUUCUUUCCUCUCUUUUCAAAUAACUUUUUGGUAAUACCUUUCCCCACAACAUGCCAAAGAUGGUCAGUGCCUCUCCGGGACCACCAAAAAGAUUUACUGGUUUGUUGAAAGCAGUUCCCUUCUCUUAUCUUUCUCAUUUAUUCAGGCAAAAAUGAUGCACUGAACCAUGGCAGAAGCUUCCUAAUUGAUCUUCCUGCUUCUUAGCCCUCCAAAAAAAGGGAAAAGCAGUCUUUUCAAAAUGGAAUCCUUAUCCUGCGUUACAUUGCUUACAAGCUUUGGGUGGUUCCUCUUCCCUGUUUCAGCCCAGUCCAUGCUCAGGAUGACGCACUCACAGCUCUUGAUCACAGCCUGGCCUCUGUUUUGCCACUGUUCCCUCCUGGGCCACCCUGCAGUCUCCCCUCCCUAAGGCCUCUCCAUCCUCCCUGCACGAAUCUCCCGCCCCUCCUUAUGUUGGGCAUGUGCUAUAUAAACGCUGCCUGGACCACUUCUGUUCAGUCUUCAAGGCAUAGCUGCCUGCUCCCUCCAUCUUUCUGACUCUCUUUAUAAGUCCAUUGGGAUCCUGAUUUCUUCCCCAACUGACGAUUCCUUGGGGCAUAAUGUUUGUAGCUUCUGUGCCUGCACAGUGCCUGGCCCUGCAGAGAGUCCUUUCUGAUUGUUUGAAUGAGUGAGUUGCGAGUUUCAGUCUCAGAUUUGGAGCUGACGUAGUUCUGGCGAUGCAGGAACAUGGGGAUCCCUGGGUUGACCAGAAGUCUAAGGCUGGUCUCCUUGGAGGGCACCCAUGGCUGAUGCUGAGAAGGAAGUCGUGGAAUGUAAGGCGAGAGCGUUCCACAUGGCCUCCCCCGUGGCUGAACUAGGUGCUUCAAGUGGCCUUUUCAUUCCCAGCCAUUUACUAGAAGGAGGCCUCACAUGGGGGCGGGGGGGGGGUGUAAUCCACGUCCCACACCAAAUAAGCCAAUAAGUGUUGGUGACCCCUGUCCAUACUUGACCCUAAGAGACGGCUUCUCUUGCCUGACAGCAACGCCUGCUGUCACUUGACCCUUUUAAUUUUGCUCCCUAAGGGUCAUUGAGGUGGUGGGUAUUUCAAAGGAAAAAGAUAAAAAGAGAAUAAAUUCCAACCCUAUUUUCCCAUCCUAAAAGUUCAGUCCCACCCUCGCGAGUGAGCUCUCAGCCACUGUGUCCUGGGGAGGGGCUGGCUGUCGAGUCCUCCAUCUGGCUGUCCUGCUGGCCUCCUGGGCCGAUGGCCUUGCCAGGUCCCUGACGUUGGCUCCUGUCUGACAGGAGCAGUAGCAAGACGGAGCUUGGUCUCUGGAAACCCUGAGUGACGUAAUCUUCUGCCUGCUUUCUAAUGAUGUGCAAACGGGUGGUUCUGGGAUUUUAUGUCUUCCCCACCCCAUGGUUAAAAAGCUGACUGUCGGCUCCAGCCUCCUGCACAACCGUGCAGGUCCUGAGCACCACGGCCCCUUCCUUUGCCUCUGAACCCACCUCCUGCCCAGACCCCACCAUCCCACCCUAGUCCUAGGACGUGCAGUCCAAGUGAGACCUUAAGAGCCUCCGGGUCAGAAAAACUUAUCUUCAAUCUUCUUUAUGCUUCCAGCCCCUAAGCUACACAGAGCGGCAGCAUGUAGUUAUUUGUUAAACCGAGUAGAGCUUGUUACCACCCCUGCUCUCCAUUCGGGUCACCAGUUAGUUGGCUGCCAGGAGCCCGGGCCUCGCUCUGUGCGCACUGUCCCUCCAGAGCGCAGAGCGAGCUGGGCUCCAGGAGACUCUUACCAUUAUUCCAGCCAUUCUGUUAGUUAGGAAGGCCUUCCUCAGGACCUCCAAGAGCCUUACUCAUCAUUUAAAAUAAUAGUAACUAACGUCUAACAAGAACCAUGAACCAUGUGCUAAAGGAAAUGAUCUCAGUGGAUCCUGAGACCAACUCCAGGUGACGGCAGUGCUGUCACCCGCUCCGUACAGAUGAGCACACUAAGGCUUGGGGGAGUUAAGUGACUUGUUUAUGGUCACAGUGCUGAUCAUGUGUUUCAUCGAUUGUAGGAUUUACAGUUUUUCAUGUAUAAGGUCUGGGCAGUGUGUGUGCAUCUCCGGUGGGUGGGGCCUCUGGCCCCUGUGAGCCUGCAGGUGGCAGUCAUGCCGCAGACCUGUCAUCGCCUGUGUGAACCUGGACCCAUACUGUCCUCAUGUCACUUCCUCUGUGUGUGUCCUUGUUACUCUCCAUCUAUGGUUUAGUUGCCAAUAGGUUGGUUUUGAAAAUAGAGUAAACACUGCAGCCAAGUGUUAGAAUUCACUUGUAAACUCCACUCUUAGCGCUGAAAAGAAAAACAGUGUGGAAAUCAGGCAGCCCAGUAACAGAGCCAGGGGUGUCGGUGUAACAUCAGUGGGGCGAGUAUUUAUCAUGGUGAGGGGGGUAGUAACUGCACUUACGUAUUUUCUCACCGAGAAACAGUUAUUUGGAAAGAAAGAUGCCACAAAAAGAUAAGGCUGUGUUUGAGCCUUGUUGCCAAGAUUCGUGCAGAGCAAACCGACUACCUGUCCUGAGUGAAGCGUUGCAGCUGAAGGCCAGACACGGUGCCAGUUCUCUUUGGAGAGAGAAAGCAGUUGGAGGCCCUGUGCGUGCUCCGAGGGUGUUGGGACUGCUGCUAAGGCAGGUGUCAUCGUUUAAAUGCAAGUGUUUUUGUCGCUGAUAAUAAAAUAAUGAUGCAUCUUAAUCAUUGAAAUCUUGGAUUUGAUGAAAUCCUUUAAGCGGCUGAUCUAGUUUCAAACCCAAGCAGCCCAGCUCCAGAAUGUCACCGAUAUCCGCUCCCCUCCCGGCUCUCCUUAGCUUUACGGGAAAACAUUUGCGGGGUGUAAAGGGGUUUAUAACUCAAUUUUUAGUACGUAGCUUGGUUGAUCGUGAGAGCAUGACCUCUACUGAAUGCUGGGGUCAUCUUUCAAGAAGACUCUUCCGCAACUCCCAGCGCUUUGUGACGAGUUAAGAUAUGUAUCUUUGCCACGUUACAAUUUAUCAUCCAGUUGGCCCACCAGAUGGCAAGUUGUACUGUUUGAUUUCAUUCCCGACAGGGAAUUCAGGAAGUGCUUCCUAUCAACAAGAUGACCACAAAUCUUGGGGUUGAUGGAGGUAUCCCCCCGUCCUCUAGUUUAAAGCUAACUGAGAGAGAUCAGCACAAGUGCCAGACAAAUGGGGAUUAAAAUGCUGGAAUUGGGAUAAAUACCCCAUCAGAAGUCACAGUACAGGUGGAUGUCCAUGUAGGAUUGCCAACAGGUCACCCCUGCAUUUUCCAGACUUUCCACCUGGCUCAGUGCCACAGCCCAACCACUGAAGGGUCCUUACUAUGGGGGUGGGAGGGGGCUGAUCAAAAUGCACGUAUUUUAUGUAUUUUGAAAACAGGCUGGUUUUGCAAAGAAACAGAGAAAAAUAGCCCAGUUAGCAGGCUUGUUUCCUUCUUCUCUCUGGGGAGGGUCAGGGACGGAGCACCCAGGAGCACUGUUUCAGUGGAAGUGCCUUCCCUGGGGUGGGAGCUCGAGGCCACGGAGGGGGUCCUCGCUUAACAGCCCUGAGCAUUAAUGUCUACUCCACCUGACACAGAUUUCUGAGUUUUAGUGUCACCCUUGUUCUAGCUCAGGCGUGACUCACCUGGUUUGGCUGAAUGGGGUUGCUGGUGAGGUUGCGUUUAACAUUCAUUGCAAAACGAUUGCCGCAGUUUCAUUAGCAUCCAUCUUUUAUUGUUGUACGUUUGUCUAACUAGUGUCGUUUUUUUUUUUUUUGCUAACACAGUGCUGAAUUCCUAGUAGGUCCACAAUAAAGACCUCUCAGAUUGUGAGUCACUUCAGGAGUGAAUCUCAGAUAACUCCAUCUGUUUUCCUUGCGUUUUCCUGCACACGAGGCUGGUGGUACUUUUGCAUGUGUGAAUUUUGGCCAACCCGGACGACGUGAAGAUAAACUUAGUCCUAGUGUCCCUUUACCCGUGGAAAAUACAGAUGUGCAAUCAACCCUGUAACAUGUGUGUGUUUGUCACCAACUCUAAGGGGCAGCCUUGGAAGAUCACUGGGGGAAAUGCCACACCUGAGCCCUUAGAGGGCGGGCGUAGGACUUGCACCCCCUCCAGAGGGCGUCCGUUUGGGGAUUGAGAGACCCCGAGGUGCAUGAGGUGGUGCGGGCAGAAGGGAGUCCCCACUGUGGGGCGCCUCCUAGCUGUUCCCUGGGCCUUUCUCCCCGUCUCCAUUCACCCUUCACUGAAGUUGCUGGCCUUCUGCCUUCCUGUCUGUGUGUCACUACACCUGACCACCCUUCCUGACUACCUUUUCUACCUGUCCCCUCAACCCCAUCUCCAGCCUUGAUGACUCUGGAGCACACAGUUCUGUCCCCUGCAGCCCUGCACAGCUGCUCGUGGGAUGCACGGCCUUGUUUGCAGUUUCAUGGACCUGGGUUUGAGCUCAGGCUUUGCCAGGAGCUCGCCAAGCGACCUCAUGCAAAUCACAUUCGUUAUCUCCACAGACCCCAGUUUUCUCACCUGGGAGAGGAUCUCCUGGGACACUGUAGAAUGUGAAUUCUAGGAGAGCAAAGACAGUGAUAAAACCUGGCAUUUCCCACCUGUGGGAUGUCCCCGCCUCGGGGACAGCUCCUCAGCUGGCCUCACGUCUCUGCAGCUCCCCUGACACCUGCCUUGCGUGUAUCUGUUUCAGGGCUGGGAGAGGGCUCUGCCCUCCUUCAUCCGGACAGCAGGUCCCACCCUAGGUCCUUGGAGAAAAGUGCCUGGAGGGCUUUCAAGGAAUCCCAGUGUCACCACAUGCUCAAACAUCUCCACAAUGGUGCCAGGAUCACUGUGCAGAUGCCACCUGCCAUCGAGGGCCACUGGGUGUCUACCAGCUGUGAGGUGCGGUCGGGCCCCGAGUUCAUCACCAGGUCCUACCGGUUCUACCACAACAACACGUUCAAGGCCUACCAGUUCUACUAUGGUGGCAACCGCUGCACCAGCCCCACCUACACACUGGUGGUCCGCGGCAAGAUCCGCCUGCGCCAGGCCUCCUGGAUCAUCCGUGGCGGCACCGAGGCUGACUACCAGCUGCACCGCGUGCAGGUCGUGUGCCACUCAGAGGCUGUGGCGGAGCGGCUCGGCCAGCUGGUCAACCGCACGUGCCCUGGCUUCAUGCCCGCUGGGGGUCCCUGGGUGCAGGACGUGCCCUAUGACCUGUGGCGGGAGGAGGGCGGCCGCGAGUGCACCCAGGCCGUGAACUUUGCCAUGCACGAGCUGCAGCUGGUCCGCGUGGAGAAGCAGUACCUGCAGCACAACCUGGACCGCCUGGUGGAGGAGCUCUUCCUGGGUGACAUCCACACUGACGCCUCCCAGAGGAUGUUCUACAGGCCGUCCAGCUACCAGCCCCCGCUGCAGAAUGCCAAGAACCACGACCACGCCUGCAUUGCCUGCCGCAUCAUCCACCGGUCGGACGAGCACCGGCCACCCCUGCUGCCCCCCAAGGCGGACCUGACGGUGGGCCUGCACGGCGAGUGGGUGAGCCAGCGCUGCGAGGUGCGGCCCGAGGUCCUCUUCCUCACGCGCCACUUCAUCUUCCACGACAACAACCACACCUGGGAGGGGCACUACUACCAUUACUCCGACCCCGUGUGCAAGCAUCCCACCUUCACCAUCUACGCCAAGGGUCGCUACAGCCGCGGCGUGCACUCCGCCAGGGUCAUGGGCGGCACGGAGUUUGUGUUCAAAGUGAACCACAUGAAGGUCACCCCCAUGGACGCAGCCACUGCCUCGCUCCUCAAUGUCUUCAACGGGAACGAGUGCGGGGCCGAGGGCUCCUGGCAGGUGGGUGUCCAGCAGGACGUGACCCAUACCAAUGGCUGUGUGGCACUGGGCAUCAAACUACCUCACACGGAAUACGAGAUCUUCAAGAUGGAGCAGGAUGCCCGCGGCCGCUACCUGCUCUUCAAUGGCCAGAGGCCCAGCGACGGCUCCAGCCCGGACAGACCCGAGAAGAGAGCCACAUCCUACCAGAUGCCCUUGGUCCAGUGUGCCUCCUCGGCGCCCAGGGCUGAGGACUUCUCUGAGGACUCCGGGCAGCAUCAGCACCGGAGCCGGGCACCCGGGAGCGGCCCGUGUCCCCUGCUGCUGGCUGGGCUCGCUGGCCUUUGGACUCUGCAGCCCUGGCACAGUCUUGGAUAGAAGCGCUUACAGAGUUUGAUUUUUCCAAACCAGGAUGCCUUACAAUUUACAGAUUUUCUUUACAGAAAGAAAAGACACUUCUUCCUCGGAUGCACUUGAGCGGCUGAGAACAGUCCUCCUCCCCCGCCUGGCCCCCGCCCGCCUGGCCUGAGUCAUGAGCUGUUUGAAGUUUUGGCUUUGAACUGCAUCCAGUCGGAUCCCAGGCCUGGGCGUCCUCACCAUAUAAUUGCACUUUAAGACCACAGAGAGGUUCAGGCGAGCGUGUUGGCAGCGGGAGCAGGGUAAGCGCUCCAUCUUCUUUUCUUCCUCUUCGUGAUUAUUGCAUUUCGGGGGGGAACUGAGGAGAAACAAAUAGCAGCUUCAGCUUUUCCUGCUGCUUCACUGCGGUUGCUUUCUGCUCCUUUGAGCCUGUCUCACUCUCCGAGUUUUCCAACCUGGAAUGCAGUGCAGAGUUGGUUUGGGACUGCGAUCCAGACACCUUUGAUGAAAUAAAGAAGAGAUAGGGGUGCAGGAAAAGACACUGGUGUAACGGAACCACCUUGACAGCUUUAUGCAAAAAGAGAGCAAAUCCACACUUUCAAAUGUUGAAAAGUAUCUGUAAUUAAAGUUUCAGAGUCAUUUAAACGUUGGUUGUUUUAACUUGUUGGGAGAUGUUGAUGCUGGUCUCUGGGUGGCUGCAGGAUGCACGCUGCUCUUACCUGCCCGGGGGACAGGGUGGUGGAGUAUGUGUCAGGUGGAGGCUGUCCCGCUACAGACGGACAGGAGCAGCAGCGCAGGGAGGGUGACGGUGCGUGAUGGUGCCCCAAGUGACGCAGUGCCCAUUCGGCCUGACCUCAUCUCCGUGGGACCCCAUCCCGGCUCACGUCGUGUCUGGAGCUUCACUCUGUCAUCUCUGUCACUUCAAAGACCAAGACUCAGAGGCCACGCGUGGGCACCACGGGCCUGGCUGUGCAGAGAAGGCGGUGGGGGGAUCCUAGCCGGCUGCCCCAUGAGACCAUCCACCCUCCUAACGGGACGGGCCGGCCCGACCCGGCUGUGUCACUGCAGAGGGUCUCAGGGCACCUUCUACAGAGUCUGUGAGGGUGCAUGAGUGACAUCUGCGUGUCACUUUGGAUUAUUACGAAUGGUGCGCUCAGGACGCCAAAGGUGGUUGCCAGGGGAGACCGAUGGAGGGAAAUGGUGAGUAAACGACAGAAAGCCUGGACAUAACUAAAGACCAGUGUGGAAACCACGGUCAAGGUCUAGAGUCACACCUAUAUUUAAGAGUUACCCUUACGAGAUGCUGUGACGUUAAGCUAUAAGUGGGGCGUGGAGGACCACAGUGCUUUACCUCUAGAUGAUAUUUGACGUUGUGGUUGAGGGAGUUUAUUCAAGUGAAAGUACUAACUUAAUGUCUGCCAAGUUUAUAAACAGAGAUGUCAAAGAUACUCCCACAAUACACAUUUUACCUGUGGGUCUAUUUAAUUAAUACUAAUGCUAUCUUUAAAGAAUAUAAUAAAAUUAUGUAAAAAGC